AUGACAACAGCGCGGGCGGCGGCCGCUGCGCCGCUCGGAGCGCCCUAGCGCCUUCCCGCCGCCUGCCCCUUCCUCGGGGCUGCGCCCGAGCCCGAGCUGGAGCGAGGGGCUUCCCCGGGCGACGGCGCCGCGCCUGGGAGAUGCUGGCGGCGCCCGCUCGCCUCGGCUGAUCGGCGCCGCCGCCCGGCCGCCUCCCAGCCCGUCGCCUCGCCGUGAAGAAGAAUGUCUUUGUUUAAAGCACGAGAUUGGUGGUCCACCAUACUUGGAGAAAAGGAAGAAUUUGAUCAAGGCUGCCUUUGUGUUGCUGAUGUUGAUAACAGUGGGCAAGAUAAAAUUAUUGUGGGCAGUUAUAUGGGAUAUCUCCGAAUCUUUAAUCCACAUCCUGUGAAACCUGGAGAUGGAGUCCAAGCUGAAGACUUGCUCUUGGAAGUACAGUUACGAGAGCCUAUACUGCAGGUGGAAGUGGGAAAAUUUGUUUCUGGUACUGAAGUACUUCAUUUAGCUGUGUUGCAUUGCAGAAAACUCUGUGUAUAUGCUGUUUCAGAAACUCUGGGAAAUGUGGAGCAUGGGAACCAGUAUCAGAUUAAACUGAUGUAUGAACACAAUCUUCAGCGAACUGCUUGUAAUAUGACUUAUGGACCGUUUGGUGGUGUAAGAGGUCGAGAUUUGAUAUGUAUACAGUCCAUGGAUGGUAUGCUCAUGUUAUUUGAGCAGGAAAGCUAUGCUUUUGGACGAUUUUUACCUGGUUUUCUUCUGCCUGGUCCUUUAACUUACAGUUCUCGGACAGAUUCUUUCAUUACAGUGUCUUCCUGUCGACAGGUUGAGAGUUACAAAUACCAAGUGCUAGUGUUUGCAACGGAUGCUGAUGAAAGACAAGAAACAGAACAGCAAAAACUUAGUUCUGGAAAAAGACUUGUGGUGGACUGGGCUUUAAACAUCGGAGAGCAAGCACUGGAUAUAUGCGUUGUGUCCUUUAAUCAGGCAGUUUCUUCUGUUUUUGUGCUUGGUGAGAGAAACUUCUUUUGCCUUAAGGAUAAUGGGCAAAUCCGAUUCAUGAAAAAACUUGAUUGCAGCCCAAGUUGCUUCCUUCCUUAUUGCUCAGUGACAGAAGGAACAAUAAACACUCUAGUUGGAAACCAUAGUAACAUGUUGUGUGUUUAUCAAGAUGUGACACUGAAAUGGGCCACUCAACUUCCUCACAUUCCUGUAUCAGUAAAAAUAGCAAAUUUACAAGGUCUGAGAGGCGUUAUAGUUACUCUGAGUGACAGUGGGCAUCUUCAGUGUUCCUACCUUGGAACUGAUCCGUCACUGUUCCAGGCUCCUCAGAUUGAAUCUAGGGAAAUAAACUAUGAAGAACUUGAUGCUGAAAUGAAACAGCUUCAGAAAAUCAUCAGGGAAGCUGCAAAAACCCAAGAUAUUUUGCCCAAAUCUGAAAGACAGAGAGAUCUAAUUGUCAUUGCAGAAGUUUUACCUGAGUUGGAUGCAGAAUCUCAAGCCAUUGACAGUGAGGUAAAAGCAGAGGCAGUUCCAUCAGUCACAGUAAAGAUAACAAUACAGAGCAGAGUGGCUGCACAGAAACCAAAGCUGGCAGUAUGUGUACAAGCUCCAUUAGCAGUGACCUGUGACCAGUUCGUCUUUGAUGAUUUAGAACCAGAUUCAUCUGAAACCGUGGUCCUAUCUGUCUUUUUGAAGGGGAAUUGUCCUCCGUCAGAACUAGAAGGAGAUGGUGUGGUUUCAUAUAGUACACCAACAGAGCUCAAUCCUGAAGGAAUACUAAAAGUUGCACAGUGUAAAUUCAGACUACCUUUGCGAUUAAUUUGCUUUCCAACUCAACCUUCAAAAACAGCAAACCACAAAAUAACUAUUGAUACCAAUAAACCUCCCAUCAGUUUUCUCACCAUUUUUCCAGACUUUGCUGAUCAAUCUGAAGAUGACCAGUCUAAUGCUCUGGGAUUUCAGUUUCUAACUGGUUCAAAAAUCACUCUUCUUGCUUCAAAAACAUCUCAACGAUACAGAAUCCAGAGUGAUCAGUUAGAAGACCUUUGGCUAAUAGCAAAAGAGCUCACACUUAGACUUGAAGAACAUUUCAAGAAGCAAAAUUGCAAAGACUUUGUGUGUACCUUUUCUGGUUCAGUUCCCCUGGAAGAAUAUUUUGAACUAAUUGAUCGACAUUUUGAGCUACGUUUGAAUGCUGAAAAAUUGCAGGAGCUGUUAUCUGAAAGGGCUGUACAGUUUAGAGCUAUUGAGCGGCGACUACUGACACGAUUCAAAGACAAAACUCCUGCUCCUCUUCAACAUCUGGACACCUUGCUAGAAGGAACAUUCAGAGAGGUAAUAGCUCUAGCAGAUGCAGCAGAGGAAAACCAAGCCAAUCUGUUCCAGGCAUUUACAAAGUUGAAAAGUGCCACCCAUCUAGUGGUUAUGCUGAUUAGUCUGUGGCAGAAGCUCAGCACUGAUCAAGUUGCUAUUCUGGAAGCUACGUUUUUGCCAUUAGCACAAGAUACGCAAGAGCUGGGUUGGGAAGAAACUGUGGAUGCUGCCAUUUCUUACUUAUUAAGAACUUGUUUGUCAAAGAGCUCUAAGGAACAGGCGCUGACUCUCACCAGUGAGUUGUGCAUACCUAAAGAUACUAGUAGGCUGAAGAAACAUAUCACCCUCCUCUGUGACAGAUUGGCCAAAGGUGGUCGCCUUUCCUUAAGUACAGAGACAACCACUCAGCAAACUGAUGUCAUGCCAGGUGGCUGCACUACAAUCCCAGAGUCUGACUUAGAGGAGGGACCGAUUAUACCAGGCACUGCAGCAACAUUUACCAAUCACAAGCACCCCCCAAAGCAGAAAUCCAAGCCUGGAUUGACUGGGGAUGCAGCAGAGGAAGCAGAAAAGCCAUGAAAUCUGAAGAUGGGCCCUCAGGAGGAAUUUCAUCUGAUGUCAAAUGCAGAACUACCAAUCCAUUUUACUUUGUACUGAUUGCAGCCUCCAGAAGGAGAGGACUGUGCUAAUUUAUACAAAAAAAUAUUCCCUUCAGAUCAAAUGAGUUGGAUUUCCCUUCCAACUACUAGCAUCCUCUCUGCGACCAAAGUUUAAGCACUUACCCAACUGUUGUAGGCAUGUUGUGUUAUGUUUUGUGAUAUAUCAGCCCUUUCUAAGGAUUCUGCCGAUUGAUCAAAGACUGUUUACACACAGUUAAAAGCAACCUUUGUUUCAGGGUUUGUUUUAUCUGUUUUUUAAGAUAUUCUGAACCAUACCUCCCUUGGAGAUUACAUUAACAUUUGUUUUAUCACAGUUUUGACAAAACUAUCUCCUUUCCUCCUGUACUAACAUUCACAAUUUCAGACAGCUGAAUUAACUACCAGAAGAAAAGCUGCUAAUCCAUCAACUUUUUUUUUUUCUUUCUCAUUCCUUAUAUAGACUCAUGCUGUCAAGAGAUACUGAGUAAAAUAUGGUUACUGGACAUAAAGGGCAUACCCUUUUGCCAUUAACUAUGUCACUAUGAAUGUGAAUAAAGUUUACGCUGCAAGUAAGUACCCUGA